UGUUUAAUUUUAUACAACUGAGUACUUAGCCUAGCUUCUGUUGUCUAAAUUUCAGUUAUUUUUAAAUAAGGUCAACACAUGAAUAUCCAGAAUCCGCGCUGGGUGCCGUACGGCCUUCGGGGCGGAAGACCCGAUGAACAACAGGGGGAUCAGCCGGAAAUCAUCGUGAUCGGGGAGCGGGAGCUGAGGGCCUUCAUCUUCAAGGUCUACCUGUGCGCCGUGGGUCUGUGCUUCCUGACGGCGAUUCCGUGGAUCGUCCUGUCGGCUUUGGAGGUGGACGUGUACAAGGCCAUUCCGGUGCCGCCGUUCGUUUGGCUGAUCCUGGCCUUCGUCAUCCUCACGAUCCUCAGCUGCAUCCGACAGACGCCGCCCAUGACCCUCAUUUGCUGGGGACUCGUCCUGGGAUCCCUGUUCUUUAUCACCUUCUACGGAGCAUACUACACGCAUUUGGUGAAUGUUUGGGUCCUGGUGGUGUCACUCGUAAUAUCCGGUGUCCUUAUUGCCCUGCUCAAUCUUUACGGCGCCAAGAGUCCGUCGAUCUUCCUGCCCAACGUCAUCUGCACCUGCUGCGUUUUCCUGCUGGCCGUCAUCACAAUGAUCGUGCUCCUCAUCCUCUACAUGGUCAUCAACGAUUUGCGCUAUUUACUGGGCUUCGCCAUUGUGUUCUGCAUCAUGAUCAUUUUCAUGGUCAUCUUUCAGGCCCGCUUCCUCUGCGGAAGGCUCCAACAUGUUCCCUACGGGGAGACCGCCAGCUCCGCCAACAGUAUCUACCUGCACUUCAUCUUCCUGACCUCCUGCAUGCUCGUCUUUGCCCUGUACUACAAUCACGUCAAUAAAGACUAAGAAUUGAGCAUUUUUU